GGGUGCUGUGACACACUUCCACAGCUCCCACUCCUCCGCGGCCUCUCUCCGGGCUCGUCUACCGUGUUUCUGCUGCUUCUAUCGGCGUAAACAGAGACAGGCUCUCGCUCCGCCGCUCCGAACCGGAUAGAACUCGGCCCAGAGGUUCUGAACCAGCCCGGGACGCGAGGUCAUGGCCGCGGCUCGGCCCGCGCUCGCCCCGCUCCUCCUGCUCUGCGCGUGGCUGCGACGCGGAGGCUCCUUCAACCUGGAGGCGGACAGCCCGGCCGUGUUCUCCGGGCCGGAGGGCAGCUACUUCGGCUUCUCCGUGGACUUCUUCAUCCCCCCCAACCACAAGAGGUCCGAUGUUCUGGUGGGCGCUCCCCGGGCGAACACCUCCUCCUCUGGCAGCGUGGAGGAGCGAGGAGCGGUGUACAGCUGUCCCUGGAAGAGCUCCGCCUCCUGCCAGCAGCUGCAGUUCGACAUCACAGACGACCGGAGGAACGCUGACGGAGAUCCGAUGGAGUUCAAGUCCAGGCAGUGGUUCGGUGCUUCAGUCCGCUCUGACGGAGAACACAUCCUGGCCUGUGCUCCCCUGUAUCAGUGGUCGACCUUCGGCGUCUCUGAGCGAGAGCCGGUGGGAACCUGCUUCCUGAAGAAGGGCAGCACGGUGGUGGAGUACUCGCCCUGCAGAUCAAGUGCCAACUCCCCUGAGGGGCAGGGCUUCUGCCAAGCCGGCUUCAGCGUGGACUUCCUCAAGCUGAUCUCUGACGACGUGGCUGAGAUCUUCUCUCAGUUCAACAGCAAGUACAUCACAGCCUACAGCGGCACGCUGGCCACCAGGUCCUCCAGCGCCCAGUACGACGACAGCUACCUGGGGUACUCGGUGACGGUCGGAGAUUUCAACGACGACGGAAACGAAGAUUACGUGACCGGAGUCCCUCGAGGAGAAAAGGCGCUGGGUUAUGUGAACAUCUUCGAUGGACAGACCAUGGAGUCCAUGGUGAACUUCACAGGAACUCAGAUGGCGGCCUACUUUGGACACUCAGUGGCUGCUACAGAUGUUAAUAAUGACGGGCUGGUGGACCUGCUGGUGGGAGCGCCGCUCUUCAUGGACCGGGGCUCCGACGGGAAGCUGAGGGAGGUGGGCCAGGUGUCGGUGUACCUGGGGCGAGGUGACUUCUCCUUCCACGCCCCUCAGAUGCUCACGGGGUCCGAGGUCUACGCCAGAUACGGCUCUGCCAUCGCAGCGCUGGGAGACCUGGACAUGGACGGGUACAACGAUGUGGCCAUCUCGGCUCCCUAUGGGGGUCCCGCCCGCUACGGCCUGGUCUACAUCCACAACGGUCGUCCUCAGGGUCCUAGCUCCUCCCCCUCUCAGGUCCUUCAGGGAAAGUGGGCGUCCAGCUACAUGCCUGCUAGCUUUGGCUACUCCAUGACUGGAAAUACUGAUGUCGACCAGAAUGGUUAUCCAGAUUUAUUAGUGGGCGUGUUUGGAGCAGACAAAGCUGUUUUAUACAGGGCCCGUCCAGUGAUCAGUGUGAACGCCUCCUUGGACAUCACCCCUCAGGUCAUCAACCUGGAGGAGAAGAUGUGUUCGCUGCCCGGCUCCACCGCGCUGGUGUCCUGCUUCACAGUGAAGUACUGUCUGAAGGCCAGCAGCCGUGGAGCUCCAGCUGCCCUCAACUUCCGCGUGGACCUCCUGUUGGACCGCGCCAAGCCCAAGGACACUAAGCGCGUCCUCUUCCUCCACAGCCAGAGCGUCCAGUUCUCCAAGAACAUGACGGUGUUCAACGGGAAGGCCCCGGCCUGCGAGGAGCAGAGCGUCUUCCUCAGGAACGACAGGAAGUUAAAGGAUAAGAUCACUCCCAUCUCCGUGGUGAUGGAGUACAGUCUGGACUACCAGCAGGCCGCCGACGCCACCGGGCUGCUUCCUAUCCUCGACAUGUCGGCUCCUGCCAACGUCACCAAGCAGGCCCACAUCCUGUUGGACUGUGGAGACGACAACGUCUGUAAGCCUGACCUGAGGCUGUCUGUGACCAGCGACCGCGAACAGAUCUUCAUCGGAGACGACAACGCUCUGAAUCUGGAGAUCAGCGCGGAGAACCGAGGAGAGGGCGCCUACGAGGCGGAGCUGCACGUGUUCCUGCCGCAGCAGGCGGACUUCACCGGGCUGAGCCGCCGCAGCCAGACCCUCAACAGGUUGUCCUGCAAUUACAAGAAGGAGAACCAGACCAAUAUGGUGGUCUGUGACCUGGGGAACCCCAUGAAGGGAGGAACCAAGGUGCUGGCGGUGCUGGGCUUCAACGUGCACCAGCUGUCGGAGGAGGACACCUCGGUGAAGUUUGACCUGCAGAUGGUCAGCUCUAAUCAGUUUGACAACACGAGUCGUCUCAUCUCCAGCAUCACAAAGCUGGCUGUACGCGCUGAGAUCUCCUUGAGAGGGACGUCGUCUCCAAGUCAGGUUCUGCUCCCCAUCUCCAACUGGAGGCCUCAGGACCCUCCGGUGGUGGGAGACGACAUCGGGCCUCAGAUCGUCCACGUCUACGAGCUGCUGAACAGGGGUCCCAGCACCAUCAGCAAGGCGGCGCUGGAGGUGGACUGGCCCUACCAGUACCACAACGGCUCGCUGCUCUACAUCACGCGCUUCGACACCGACGGGCCGAUCAACUGCACCACGGACAUCGAGAUCAACCCGCUCAACGUGACCACGAACCCGCUGUCCUCGGGGAAGAACACCAGCGGGGUUCCACCCAGAGAACGAGAGUCGGAGGGACGGAACCGAAACCACGUCCGCAAGAGAGACCUGGAGUCCAGAGACGCUCAGAACGACCUGCAGACACUGGACUGCACUACAGCUGACUGUCUGCGUAUCAGAUGUCAGGUCGGUCGUCUGGAGAGGAGGAAGAAUGCCAUCCUCUUCAUCUACUCACGGCUGGCCAUCAACAACUUCCUGAGGACGGAGAACCAGAAUCGCUCGUACGUGGUGCGUUCCACGGUUUCCUUCAGCGUCAUCGAGAUGCCGUACAAGAACCUGGUGUCAGAGCUCCCGUCCAACAGCACCACCGUGAGUGUGUCCGUGGUGUGGGUGACCGACGACCCCCCGCCGGUCCCCGGGUGGGUCGUGGCGCUGGCCGUGCUCGCCGGUCUUCUGUUGCUGGCGCUGCUCAUCUUCGUCAUGUACAAGAUGGGGUUCUUCAAGAGGGUCCGCCCCCCCCAGGAGGACUGCACCGAGAAGGAGCAGCUGCAGCCCGAGGAGAACGGCAACACGGACGCCUAGAGAGAGAGAGGGAGAGAGGGAGAGAGAGAGAGAGGGAGAGAGAGAGGAGUUUAGAUAUUUCAUGUUCACGUUUCUGUCUGAACUCAAACUGAUGGAUGAACUAGAAGUCCACAACUGCUGAGAUUGUUGUUGUUUUAUUGUUUGUAUUUUUAUGUUUUUUAAUCGGAUCGCCGACACUGUUUUCUGGACUAAUUCAAACUGUAGUUUCACCUGUGAUGCGUUCAGGCUCAGGUGCGUUCAGGCUCUGGUCUGAGAUCAGAUCCUGGUUCUCGAGGAGCUUCGUCGUCUAACUGUUCGAUGUAAACGGACGUGAUCAAUAAAAGGGGGCGGAGCCUUGAGAUGCAGAUGGCGUGUUGAUCCAGAGACACACGGGGUCCAGAUGAAUAGUCGUCACAACACAACAUCUACUGAGAGGAAAGGCUAUUAAUACACUUUGGGAUUGUGGGUAAUAAUCAAUAAUCAAUAAUCACAGCCUUCUGAAAACGAUUACCGACUAAGAGGAAAAGAAUCGGCUGAUAGAGUUUCUGAUGUUUUUAUGUGACAGUAAUAUAUGUCCUCCCAUAUACUCUCUUUGUGUGUGUGUGUGUGGGGGGGGGGAUUGUCGGUGGGGGGGGGGGGUAUGUUUACGUAUUUUCUAACUGAGUCCGGUUCAUUUCAACGUUUUGAUGUUCGAUGCAAUGUGACGAGUUAAGCUCCGCCCCCUGAAUAGUGACGUCCAAUCACAGCUCAGCUGGUUAUCGUCACCGUGUCCAUGGUUUUGCCCAUAUUGGGUUCAGAUAGAUCAACAUGAACCACUCCACAGAAACUUGUUUACUUGAUGUUAGUCGUCCUCUGAACCAGAACCAGGAGAACCAGGACCAGGUUCUGCUGGAGGUUCUGAGGCUUUAAACUCGUGUUGUUAUGGUAACGAGUCGACACAAACACGCCUUUUCUUUUUUAUUCUAUUCUUAUGAACAUAAAGACAAACUAAUAAAUGUAAAUGUAACGCUUCAGAUUCAACCCCUCCGCACAGUGCUUCUGAUUGGCCGGUACGAACAUGGGUUAAUUGAACAUGGGUUAAUUGAACAUGGUUUAGUUGAACAUGGUUUAGUUGAACAUGGGUUAAUUGAACAUGGUUUAGUUGAACAUGGGUUAAUUGAACAUGGUUUAAUUGAACAUGGGUUAGUUGAACAUGGUUUAAUUGAACAUGGGUAAAUUGAACAUGGUUUAAUUGAACAUGGGUUAAUUGAACAUGGUUUAGUUGAACAUGGGUUAAUUGAACAUGGUUUAAUUGAACAUGGGUUAAUUGAACAUGGGUUAAUUGAACAUGGUUUAAUUGAACAUGGUUUAGUUGAACAUGGUUUAGUUGAACAUGGGUAAAUUGAACAUGGGUUAAUUGAACAUGGGUUAAUUGAACAUGGUUUAAUUAAACAUGGGUAAAUUGAACAUGAUUUAAUUGAACAUGGUUUAGUUGAACAUGGGUUAAUUGAACAUGGUUUAGUUGAACAUGGGUUAAUUGAACAUGGUUUAGUUGAACAUGGUUUAGUUGAACAUGGGUUAAUUGAACAUGGUUUAGUUGAACAUGGGUUAAUUGAACAUGGUUUAGUUGAACAUGGGUUAAUUGAACAUGGUUUAGUUGAACAUGGUUUAGUUGAACAUGGGUUAAUUGAACAUGGGUUAAUUGAACAUGGGUUAAUUGAACAUGGUUUAGUUGAACAUGGGUUAGUUGAACAUGGGUUAAUUGAACAUGGUUUAGUUGAACGUGGGUUAGUUGAACAUGGUUUAGUUGAACAUGGGUUAAUUGAACAUGGGUUAGUUGAACAUGGUUUAGUUGAACAUGGGUUAAUUGAACAUGGUUUAGUUGAACAUGGGUUAAUUGAACAUGGUUUAGUUGAACAUGGGUUAAUUGAACAUGGGUUCAUUGUCUGCAGAUCAAAUGUUUUCCUUCGAAAUGAGAAUGAGACAAACGAGAGUUUUAUAUUUAAUAACUUCCUUCAGAGUAUUUAGAUGUUCGUAUUCUUUCACCUGGAGAAUUAAAUAACUUUCAUAAAAGAAAUUUCACCUUAAACUGAAAUAAACUGAUUUGUUGACAUUG